AUGUUGGGAUGAGAGUCGGAGCCGAAUACCAAGCUCGGAUCCCUGAAUUUGAUCCAGGUGCUACAAAGUACACAGAUAAAGACAAUGGAGGAAUGCUUGUAUGGUCUCCAUAUCACAGUAUCCCAGAUGCCAAAUGCCCAGGAAGACUGAAAAAACCUAGGAUCUGAUGGCAUUGCUGCUUAAAUCCUCAAGCAGGGGAGGGAGUUACUAUGUAGACAUCUGCACAGGCUAUUCCUCAGUAUAUGAAGCUGUAAAGAAAUGCCUUCAAACUUCCAAGAGCCCACUAUCAUUACCAUUUUAAAGAGGAAAGGGGAAAGAACUGACUUCAGCAGCCAUCAAUCAGGUCAUCUUUGUGCUCUCCAUUUCUGGACGGAGACCUUCUGGAUCAUUGACCAUGCACUUCCUUGAAUCAUGGUGUGGCUUUAGACUUCAAUGUGAUGUAGCGGACCUGAUCCUUUGCGGCACAUCAGAUAUAGGAAACGUGCAGUGGAUGAAUAUAUUGCAAUUGCAAAGGAGAAACACGGCUACAAUGUGGAACAGCUCACUUUUUCCUAGAUUCUACAGCAAAUAUGGUAUGUAAGAACAUUUACUGUUCUGAGGCCCUGAUUUAAAAGAAAUUAAUAAAUGAGGUCUGCUACCUGGGCACCCCUGAUUAAAAGCCCCAAACUGUGAGUGUAUCUUCAGUUGAAGUCAUAGGCUUAAGAUUUUAACCUAAUUUGUGUUUAACUCUCUUAAGUGUGAUGGAACAUAAGUCCAUUAAAACCAAAGGGGAAUGAUUUCUCUUCAAAGGCACUUGGCAUGUUGUUCUGGCAUAAACAUAACAUUGAGAAGUCCCUUGCUGAUCUCCCUAAUUUCACUCCCUUUCCGGAUGAGUGGACAGUGGAAGAUAAAGUCCUAUUUGAACAAGCCUUUAGUUUUCACGGGAAGAGCUUUCACAGGAUUCAGCAAAUGCUUCCAGAUAAGACAAUUGCUAGCCUUGUGAAAUAUUACUAUUCCUGGAAAAAAACUCGUUCCAGAACAAGCUUAAUGGAUCGCCAGGCUCGUAAACUAGCCAAUAGACAUAAUCAGGGUGACAGUGAUGAUGAUGUGGAAGAAACACACCCAAUGGAUGGAAAUGAUAGUGAUUAUGAUCCCAAAAAAGAAGCCAAGAAAGAGGGCAAUACUGACCAACCUGUCCAAACUAGCAAGAUUGGACUUGGGAGGAGAGAAUAUCAGAGUUUACAACACCGCCAUCAUUCUCAGCGUUCUAAGUGCCGUCCACCUAAGGGCAUGUAUUUAACCCAGGAAGAUGUGGUAGCUGUUUCCUGUAGUCCCAAUGCAGCCAACACCAUCCUGAGGCAACUGGACAUGGAGUUGAUCUCUUUAAAACGUCAGGUUCAGAAUGCUAAGCAAGUAAACAGUGCACUUAAACAGAAAAUGGAAGGUGGAAUUGAAGAAUUCAAACCUCCUGAGUCAAAUCAGAAAAUUAAUGCCCGUUGGACCACAGAGGAGCAGCUUCUAGCAGUGCAAGGUGUCCGCAAAUAUGGUAAAGAUUUUCAAGCUAUUGCAGAUGUAAUUGGCAACAAGACUGUUGGCCAAGUGAAGAACUUCUUUGUAAACUACAGGCGUCGGUUUAACUUAGAGGAGGUAUUGCAGGAGUGGGAAGCAGAACAAGGAACCCAGGCUUCUAAUGGUGAUGCUUCUACUUUAGGGGAGGAGACAAAAAGUGCUUCUAAUGUGCCAUCAGGGAAGAGCACUGAUGAAGAAGAGGAGGCACAGACCCCACAGGCUCCUCGGACUCUGGGUCCAUCACCUCCUGCCCCAUCAUCCACUCCAACACCAACAGCCCCCAUUGCCACUCUGAAUCAGCCUCCACCACUGCUUCGUCCAACACUGCCUGCUGCCCCUGCUCUUCACCGGCAGCCUCCUCCACUCCAGCAGCAGGCUCGGUUCAUCCAGCCCCGGCCAACUUUAAAUCAGCCUCCACCACCUCUCAUUCGCCCUGCUAAUUCUAUGCCACCCCGUCUAAACCCAAGACCAGUGUUGUCCACGGUUGGUGGUCAACAGCCACCGUCACUUAUCGGAAUUCAGACAGAUUCACAGUCCUCACUGCACUAAGAUUAAAUUGGACAGAGCUGCAGUAACUUUUCAUGCCAUCAUUAUACCAGUGCUCAUCUGACUGAUGCAGAAGAGGAAAGAAUAAUCCUUCCCAGAUACUGAGGCUGCGAACUAGUUGUGUGGCAGUGGGCUAGCAUAAGUGGAUGUCUAAGAAAUCUUUUAGUUCACGCAACUGAAAUGUUAUACAACAGAAAGCCUACAGUGAGGCUCCUUUCUAGAGUAUACAUUCAGCGACAUGAUCUCAUUAAAGGAAAAGAGAUUGAGUAUUCUAUAUACCAAGGUUUUUUGUUUUGUUUUUACUGUAUUUAUUUUAUUGAGAACCUUUAUAUUCCUGCCUCUUCAUAGUCAAGGCUCUUAGUACAGGAAUAUUGACUUAGGAAUUGUGAAAACUCCUUAAGUUUCAUAAGUUAAGGAUGUUCAACUUUUUCUCUUUUUUCUUUAAUUUAAUUUUUAACAUUUUCCUAUGUUAGGAGUGCAAGAAUAGAUAGCCUGCAUUUCAUAUUUUAGCGUAUGUUCAUUUAAUGCAUAUUUAAGAAAUUAUAGCUGCAUAUCCCUUUUUUUUCAAAAACUCUUGCUUUUUUUUCUAAAGGAAUUUAAAUAUAUUCCUUUAAAAGAAAGCAAUUUAAUCAAUUGCAAAGCAAUUAUAUAAAACCACAAAGAAUGUACUGAACCUACUAACCCUUUAACAUACAGUUCAGGGUCCUAGUGCAAAGUCCUUGCUUAAAGGUCAUUGACUUGCCAUCUUGCAGUGGUAAGAGGAUUGGAAUAAUAAUUUUACAUAUAAAUGAGGACUUAAUUUGUUAAAGUACAGUGUCUUUAAGUUCCUUGAAGAUGGAGUUAAUUUUGAAUUUUUUUUUUAAAUGUUUCUAAAUGCUAUCUGCUUUUAACUAGUAGUUGCCUACAUUUGGGACUUUAGAAGAGAAUUAUAUUUUGUCAGUUAUGUGGAGAUAGUGGUUAUGGAAGCAUUUAUUUACAAUACCCUUUUUGUGUUCAGGUUCUGAACUUUAAAUUGCCCUCAUACUUAUUAACAUGGUCUGCAUUUAAUAUAAAGGAUGUUUUCUUGAUAAAUCUCUAUUGUACUGUUUGGAUACAUUUAUGUAUUCCUUGCAGCCGACCUGUACUCGUGGGUUUGGUUUAGGGUUAAAUCAUCAACAUUAUUUCAUAAAAUAAAUUUAAGAAUUUGUUCUGUGUUAUCCAAAGAUGUAUCAGUAUAUUGUCACAAUUGUGCUGUUAACUUAAAAUGCUGAGACCCCUUUUAUAAAGAAACAAAAAUUUCAAGUCUUCUUAGUUCAACACAUAAUCAUUAAGCACCUACAAAGAAUAUUUUACAAGUGAUAGUAUUUCAACAAUGUAUUACUAAUAUUUUUGAUACAAUGAUUUCAUAUUGGAAUCAUGACCUGUGCAAAGGGACAGAUCGCUUAGAUUGCUAUACUAGUAGAACUUAAGCUAAAUGUUUGCACAUUCACAUUCUCACAUUUAGAACUAUUUCACAAAAUGGUCAACAUCUAAGGCCCUAGUUUAUAUUUUGAGAUGUCAUAUAUUCCCCAAAUAUUGGAAAAAUAGUCCCUACCUUUGGCUCUAAAGUGUUAAAGAGCUAUUGACUUAAAUCCAUUGAUUAGUUUUAAUUUUGGAGUUUAGACGACUUCUUUCCAUAAGGGCCAAAAGUUCUGGCAUAAUCUAAAACUUUUUCCAGGAUGUGUUCUUUCUUUCUUUCUCAUUGGAUCAUCUUAUGAUUUAAAAUUCUUAAUAUUCAAGAAUUUAUACUUAUUUUUACUUUAAUAGCCAUGGGGACAGUUAUAUAUCUUAAAGGAAAAUAUCUAAAGCAUUCUUUAAAGUAUUUAGAUUGUCUUGCAUAUGUGCAUACUAUACAGCUUCUAUUGUCUUGUCUCUUGUCAGUAGACCUUCAGUACACAGUGUGUGGGAUAUGUGAGUCAAGUUGGUCAGCACCAGCCUCUGUCCAGCUGUUAAGUAUAUUGUGCUUCAUUGAAAACCCAUUCUAUCCCAGCCAUGAGCAAAGGUGCUGUAUCUGAGGGAUGUGCUGUAAUUUGAUUUACGUACACUAGAGCACACAGUAGAAAAAUCUUAGCUUCAUUAUAAUAUGACACAUGUAUAUAGUGAGAUGUCUUUAUUGUGUGCUUUGCAUAUUUUGUAAAUAUUUUGCACGUCAUUAUUUUUCUUUUUUGUUUAAGCGGUAUUUGGCCUGGAAGAGUGAUAUGCUUGCUGCUUACUCAAAGGAUUAAAGUGUUAAAGAUG